CUAUCAUCGACUAUGUAUAUGUGCACAGUUACUGCUGUUUUAUUUUGUCUUAUACCAUUCCUCAUAUAAUAACCGGAUUGGAAAGAUGAAUAGCUUAUUGUUUUGUUUUCUCCUUAUUGGAUUUAAUUCUGUUAUGUCCGAAGAACCGUUGAACCCUCAAUUAGAGGGUCGAUGGCUCGAAAAAAUAUCUAAAUUAGAAGUGAAAGUUGACAUUAUUCAGAAUGAGAUUGAAAUGCGGGAUAGACUGAUAAAAGAUAUACUUGUCGACCAAAUUGCUGGAAUGAAAGCAGCUCUUAGACAAGAGGCAGAUACAAAUUCCACUGUUGCCUUUAGUUCAGAAGCUCCAAACCGUACUAAAUACAGCACAGGGGAUAGAUUUGUUUUUAAAAACGCUCUUUUAAAUGAAGGGAAUGGCUAUGACCCAUCCACAGGCGAGUUUACUGCGCCAAAAAGCGGCCUUUACCAGUUUUCGGUACACGUAUGCAAUUCUGGUGGUAUGGAUGUUGCUUAUGCUAUAGUCCAUGACGAUGCCAUCAUCGCAUCAAGUGUUCAAGUCCAACUUUCUGGAAGCAGCUGUUCCUCAGUAAACGCCCUUCGAAUGGUGGUUAAAGGACAGAAGGUGUACGUGAAGUGUACUUAUUCAACAUUGAUGCAAGAAGAUGAGUGGCGAAGUGAAACGUUCAUGGGAAUUUUGCUUCAUUUGUUUAACUAGAUAGAACAAUCAUUAAUUAUAGACAAUGACUUUCAAUGCAUAAUAUUGUGUUAUAGGCUUUUGUGUCGCAUCAAAAAAAUGUUAGGCCAUUAUGUGCUCGAUAAGUUAACAUAAUAAUGAUAAUUAUGGAACUCGCUCUUUUUAAAAUUUUGAUUUCAAAUUGGAAAAAAAAUGUAUAAAUUUCAUUAUUUAAAAAUUUGUAUAGACGUGAAGAAACUUAUAAAUAUUGUGAUGUAUGUAGAAGUCCUUAAAACAAGCACAAAGAACAUGCAAAUAGUUUUUUUGUUUGAAAUAGCGUGUGUGCCUAUGUUAAUAAUGUUUGAACCUUAAUGUAAACGAUAUAUUCACUAAGAACAAUUACCAUUAAUUUUAUUUCUAUAUUGCAUUCUUUUUGUUUUUGCUUGCUUGUAGUAGUUUGCAUUUAGAUACACGCAUAGUUAAACAAAUAAAAUUUGAUUUUAAAUUCUCAAAUAAAAAGUACAUAUAUUAUUCGUUACAUCCACUUAAAUAUGAAUCAGUUGGGCAAGGGCGAACACAAUUACACCUUGUUUGAUAGGGGCAUUGUUGUCUGUGUGACAGACAUGGGGUCGAUUGCUUCUAAAUGUAGUCAAUUGAGUUACGAUUACAUUAUACCAUUUUCUAAACUUUAAUGGAUUCAAUUACAAUCAAUUUGCUUUAAUUUGUUAUUCCCUUAGCAUAUGGUGGUAUAUGAAGAAACUUUAAAGCCAUACCACUUGAUUUAAGUGUAAAUAAAAUUGAAAUAACUACGUUAUGUGCUUUAUAACAGUAAAUCAUGAACUGGUUUUACGCUUCGACUGAGUGGUUAUACCAUUUAUCUUCAAUAAGGGGGCAGUAAGCUAGUUAUAAUUGUCAGUUAUUGAUUUCACAAAUACGAAUACUUGUUCAUAUCUUAGUCAGUAGGCUUGUGUAUAGUUAAACAGUAAAUUAAAUAACUCGGUUUUAAAUGAAACUUAACAAAAGCAAAACUUUACAAUUAAAUAAAUUUCACCUUAAACUAGUUUAACAUAUUUCACUUGUGCCUAUUGCAGUAUUCUUAAUAUGAAAUAUUAUAUUAGCGCACGUACAUAAUACAACAGUUCCAUAAUUGAACUUUGUUUCAAUGACAAAAUAAUCAAUUUGUAAUUGAAAUGAAAUCGAUUGUUACACCACUGAUGAUAAACAUAAUAUUUACAAUUACGAUUAAAUGUAAUUGAGUUUUAAAAAGUAAUCAAAUACAUUCGAUUACACGGACAAAUUGUAAUUAAUUGCAAUCGAUUACGAUUACACGAUUACGAUUACCCCAUGUCUGAUGUGUGUGUCGUUAAUAAAAAGCAAUAUCUAAUGAAAUAUUUCAUUAAAAUUAUGUUUUGAUUGUUUGCAGAAACCAAUUAAUUCCUUGAUAAAUUUACAGUAAGGGACAAACACGUGAAAGCUUAUAAAAUUGAAAGUGUAAUUUGAAUAAUUAUGAAGUAACGUUGGUUAAAAGUUUUAAUGCUUAGAUCUGGGGACAAUCUUGUUCAGCAGGCCGAAAUUUGAAAUUUGAAAAUUUGAAAUUUUUUAAAGAGGACAAUCCAAUGACCAUUUUUAUAGCUUCAUAAAAAUCGACCCAAAAGUUAAGGAGGGUUAUUCUUGUAUGGUUUCAUCACUAUUGGUGUAGGGUUUUAUGAAGAGAUGUCGUUUAAGUACAAAUGUUAACGACGGACGACAGACACUGGUCAGUAGAGUUUAGAAAUGAGAGUCCACUGUUCCGUG